CUCUUCUCCCCCACAUGCUCCCCCACUUGACACCUUGUUACAGCGUCAGUACACCAGAGUAACAAGAAUUCACGUUUGGCUCCCCAAGCAUUUACCAAAUAUGUCUGUGCUUUAUGAAGCCGUGAAAUCACCUCUUUCUAAUAAUGCCGCCAAUUUAACUGCAAGCUCUGGUGGCAGGGCGCGCUCGGGUGUGUUCAACUCUAUUCCAACAGAGUUUCAGGCUGUUGUUUUUGCUGGUUAUGGUAACAGUUUAUAUCCAUUAACGGGUGAUGAUGUGCUACCAAAAGCUUUGUUGCCUAUUGGUAACAAGCCUAUGCUCCACUAUCCUCUUCAAUGGCUCGAAGUUGCCGGGUUCAGUUCUGUAAUUUUGGUCUGUAUGGAAGAAGCACAGGCUCACAUUAAUGCUUGGCUCCGUUCUGGGUAUGAGGGUCAUCUUCGCAUCCACGUCGAGGCUCCUUCCUGUGCCAAUGACUCCUUGGGAACCGCUGAUGUUCUUCGUUCCAUCGCCCAUUUAAUCAAGACCGAUUUUCUGUGUCUUAGUUGUGACAGUAUCACUGAUGUUCCUCCAUAUCAAUUGCUUGACUCUUACCGUUUAAACAACCCAGAUGCUUUAGCUUUGUUUAGUCAUGUACCAAAGCACGAGUAUGUCACGUCUCUCACCAAAGAAAUCGACGAAAAACUGAUUGUUGGCUUGGAGGAAUCAUCAAGUCAGUUACUUUAUAACAAGAGUUCCGCUGACAUCGAUUCUGACGUCUCAUUUCGCAUGUCUUUGUUGUGGAAGCAUCCUCGUAUCACAUUAACUACUGCUCUUGCCGAUACUCAUAUCUACGUGUUCAGACACUGGGUUCUGGAUCUGCUUAAAGAAAAUGAAGAGCUUUCAUCACUCCGUGGUGAUCUCUUGCCUUUGCUUGUCAAAGCACAAAAUCAACACUCUCUUGCUGAAAGAAAGGGUGUGACAAAGUUCCUCGUGGAUGAGAAAGAGAAUGACAAGCCUAAUGCGCGGAAUUUGAAGGUUAAUGUUUUUAUUCCUGAAAAGGGCGCUUGUGUUUCCCUUCGAGCUAACAAUUUGCCCAACUACUUUGAGAUCAACCGUAUUGUUGCAAAAACAGCUCCCGAACCCAAAAUCGUGGAUGCCAACGUGUCUAAGCGUGCUGUCGUCGGUUCUGACUGCAUGGUCAAUGAGGGUACUUCUAUUGGAGACCGAAGCAACGUAAAGCGCUCAGUUAUCGGCCGUAACUGCACUAUUGGAAACGGUGUCGUGUUGAGCAAUUCAAUUCUGAUGGACAACAUUGUUGUUGGUGACAAUGUCCGUCUUGAGAGCUGCAUCGUUGCUUCUGGUGUGACCGUCGGAGCAAAGUCCAAGCUUCGUGAAUGUGAAAUUGGCGUGAAUCAUGUCGUCGAAAAAGGCCGUACUGCUAGAGGCGAACGCCUUGUCGACAUGGAAAAAAUUGAAACGGAUAUUGAUAUGGAUUAAAGAUGGAGUUGGGAGCGAUUAUAGACACCCUCAGUUUCGCAUCUCUGUUUGAUUUUUUGUUAUUUAAAUAGAAAGGAUUCUCCAAAAGAUAGACGAAAGACAGACGGAAAGAACUGACCGCAUUCUUUUCCACUUACCAUCCAGUGUAAGGCAACAGCCAUAUGAACCAAAAAAGCUUCAUCUAGCACUACACAACCCAUCAAAUCACAUAACAUGCAAACCGUACAACUCAGCGAACAGUUUCCUCAUUCAUAACCACCAUUUACUCACAACAAAGUACAUCAAAUUCGUGUCAUUAAAUUACAAGCAAAUUAUACUACCAUCUAACGCUGUUAGUAACCCAUAUACAAAACGGUAAACAUUUCUCGAGCUUGAAACUUCAUUCAGCGAUCUUGGUGAAUAAAAGUGUAAUCACAAAUUCAUAAGCAAAUAACUCAUCACAUGAAGUUCCAAUACCAAGAUAAACUCAAUCAUACCUAGCCAAAUACAAAAUUGGUCCCUGCAAAUUGAGACUGUUCAUCGAAGAAAUCACUAAUACAGUUAGAAGAAUUGUCCUUACAAAAACAAAGGAUGAAUAACAAUGUGUCUCUCACUGAAAGUUCAGUAAAUAAUCUGUCGCAUAUUGACAAAGCCCAUGUGGAACCAGGCGAGGAUCCGAAGCGUUUGUCUCUCAAUCGCAAAUUAUAUCAUCACAAACUUGCAGGAAGGAAACACAGUGUCUCGUUCUUUUUUCUUCGCACUUAAACAUACCAAUUCGCAAAAGGACCAGGAUGCCCAGCAACUGCUUAUUGGAGACCACAAAUGUUGUGGUUGCUGGUUUGUUGCAGGUUCAUACAGCCAGUAUUUAUAACAAAAAAAAGCCGUCCCAUAGUAAGAAUAUACAUCUUUAUACACAAA